AUGAACAGACGUGGUGGUGAAGGUCCCAUGGAUGGGCUCGAGUUCCAGAACGCCCAGUUUGACAAGUCGAGCCCCUUCAUCCAGUUUGCGCAACAACCUCCGCCACUGGCUUCUCACAACUCAGCAGGGCCCAUCUUUGCACCAAAUGGCGCGAAUCCCUUCAGCAAGCCAGGCGCGCCCAAGAACGGCAGCCCCUUGCGACAACAGAACUUUCCACCACCACCCGGGAGGUCCAUCUUCAGCCCGUCCAUAGUCAAGCAGCACACUGCCCCGGCCCUGCGCAACCCAGCAUUCACCACCGCCCGAGCCAGCACACCUGCUUUCACCACGCCUCAGAAGGAUCGCCACGAGGACUCUACCAUGUUCGACACUCCCAUGGAUGACAGUCCCGCCUUGACCGAUGCAUCCGGCCCCGCCGACAGCCCUGAUUUCGAUGACUCGGCUUUGCUUGACAGUAUGAACCUAUCAACGCCCGAUCAGCCCACAAGGCGCAAUCUGUUCUCAGAGAAGAAGUCAGGAAAGGGCGACCUGCCUCGCUAUGACUGGUUCCAGCGUGACAAGGUUCGCAAAAGGGUUAGGAUGGAGAGGGACAGGGACAUCGGAAGCACGAGAUCACGACUGCCAAAUGGCCGCGACGAGGACGAAAGCGACGAGGACGAACCGAUCGGCAGGCGAAACAGGCGGAAGCAGGACUUGGGCUGGUUGCAUCGCAUCCUGACGUCCAUUUCUUCCAACCCAAAUGCGCCCAUGAUAAUCUCGUGGUACCUGCAGGUGCUGUUCAACGCCGCUUGUGGGGGCGUGGUGCUAUGGAUGGCCUGGGGCAUCAUCUCUGCAAUACGCGGCGAGGUGCUCUACUCAUCGGAGAAGGCCAGAGCGCAGCUGAUGGAAGAGAUGAACGCGUGCUCUCGGAGGUACCUGGAAAACAGAUGCUCCCCAAUCGAGCAACGGCUUCCAGCCUUGGAAGGGAUGUGUAAUGAUUGGGAGACCUGCAUGAACCAGGAUUCAAACGUGGUGGCGGGCGUGAAGGCAUCAGCUGGGCACUUGGCUGACAUUCUGAACGAGUUCUUCUCAAGACUCUCCUGGAAAGCGACUGUGAUCCUGUCGUCCUUUUCCAUAAUCGCCAUGUUUGCCUGCAACAUCGCCUUCAGCAAAUUCCGUCACAAUUAUCGGGAACACAACCUUGGCGACGGGCAUCCUGCGGCGCAGUACCAGCAUAUGGCUCCGAUGGGCUUUCCCAUGUCACCAGAGAAGAACCAGGCUUAUAUCUUUGCUCCCAUCGGCCACACACCAAAACACAUCAGACGAGCUUUUCUACAGGAUGAUACAGAAUCUGAGGCCUCACCUGAUUCAAGACUGCUUCCGCCGCCCAGGACACCAUCACGGAGGAGCCCCAGCAAGCUUGACAGGAGCCCGAGCAAAACGGACCGGAGUAGGAGUCCAUCGAAGAGAAGCACGGUCAAGAAGCUUGAGUGGUAA